AUGAAUGGUGACAGCAGGAGUGACAAUAAUGGUACCCCCGGAAGCGAGCGCAACAGCAAUGGCGGUAAUUCCCAGAACGGUGACAAGGACGACGACGACGACGGCGAAAACAACACGGAACAAGAACAGGACACGGAGAAAAUGGAGAAAGACCCACCCUACGAAGAACCACCGACAGAGACGACGGAUGCGGGCGACGAAUCUCGUGCGGUCGAGGGCGGCGAUGCUGGAGAUCUUGAUGACGAUGACGAUGAUGUUGAUGAUGGCGAUGGUCUCGAUCUCGCCACUCUUUCCGACGAGGAGCAGCAGCAACCGGGGGAGGACGAUACCCGGAAAUCAUCGUCAGCAGCGUUAGCCUCGAGCGCCAAUAGUGGAAGUCCUGGGGGUGGAGGUGGUGGUCGAGAGUCCAGACGUCGGUCCCGGCACGAACAGUUUACCAUGAAGCUGGCCUCGUCCGAGCUGAGCGUCAUCGAGGAGCGGACUGAUGAGGACAACAGCAGCACCACGCUGAAAAACAUGGCCCAAGGAAAUCCAAACGAUAACAGUCGGCUUCUCGAGAAAUUGGGAAGAUCCACCGAUGAAAGUGUGCUGAGCUUGGACGACGAUGAUGCUGCUGCUGUUGCUAAACGGAGUGAAAAUUACGAACAGGCUGUUGAUAGCCAGCAUCAAGAUUCAACGGGAAGUCAGAGGAACAGCAGCAGUUCUGGUAGGGUUGAAAGUGGAAAGGAUAAGAAGUUACGAGUUGAUAAUGAAGUGAACAAGAGCCAACGGAGCCUGAAAGGAUUCGAAGAUUUGGAAAAGCUGCUGGAGAAGAUACCUUCGGCCACAAAACUUAGUUCCUUGUCGAGAUAUCGGUCUUUCGAGUUUCCGAAAAAUGAUGAGGAUGAAGACGAGGAAGAGGAGGACGACGAAGACAACAUGGAGGAGUUCCGACGAAUGGUGCGAUCCGCUGGCAGGGGAAUGACAGGUGACAUGGAUGAUGACGAACUGGAACAGGACGAGGAUGGAAGGGAAGGUGAAGGUGAAGUAAAUCAGCCAGAUGACGAUGCCGAUGCCGAUAAAGACGAGGAUGAGAUCGAUUUGGACCAAGCCAUUGACAAUGUACUGACUGAAGCUUUAUCCCCCAAGAAAUCUGUGAAGCCUGCAAAGGUAGACAAUCAGGGGGAACAGCAACAUUCCGGUAGUUUGAGCACCAGUGCACUUUUUGGGGUAAUGAAAGCAAAGCUGAAAAUGACCAGAAGGAGCAGGAGUAAAUAA